AUGGAGUUGGAAAAUGACACACACAUUUCAAAGUUCAUUCUCCUGGGAAUUUCAGAGGACCCUCUAUGGCAGCCCUUCCUUUUUGGACUAUUUUUGUUCAUGUACCUAGUCACUCUACUUGGGAACCUGCUCAUUAUGGUUGCCACAGUUACAGAUUCCCAUCUUCACACGCCCAUGUAUUUCUUCCUUUCCAACUUGUCCUUUGCUGACCUCUGUUUUACCUCUGCCAGCAUCCCAAAGAUGCUAGUGAGCAUACAGACACAUAACAAGGUGAUAACGUAUGAAGGCUGCAUUGCCCAAGUGUACUUUUUCAUUCUGUUUGGAGUUUUGGACAACUUUCUUCUGGCUGUGAUGGCUUAUGACCGUUAUGUGGCAAUCUGUCACCCUCUGCACUACACGGUCAUCAUGAACCGCCGCCUCUGUGGACUACUAGUUUUGGGGUCCUGGGUAUCCACAGCAUUGAAUUCCUUGCUACAGAGCUCAAUGGCGUUGCGGCUCUCCUUCUGCACGGACUUGAAAAUUCCCCACUUUGUCUGUGAGCUUAACCAACUGGUACUGCUCGCCUGCAAUGACACCUUCCCUAACGACAUGGUGAUGUAUUUUGCAGCUGUCCUGCUGGGUGGUGGUCCUCUUGCAGGCAUCCUUUACUCUUACUCUAAGAUAGUUUCCUCCAUACGUGCGAUCUCAUCAUCAGAGGGGAAGUACAAAGCGUUUUCCACCUGUGCAUCUCAUCUCUCAGUUGUUUCGUUGUUCUAUUCUACACUUUUGGGGGUGUACCUCAGUUCCUCUGUCACCCAAAACUCACAUUCAACGGCACGAGCAUCUGUGAUGUACAGCGUGGUCACCCCCAUGCUGAACCCGUUCAUUUACAGUUUGAGAAAUAAGGACCUAACAGGAGCCCUAAGAAGAGUUUUCAGAAGGAAGCCAUGA